AAGCUGGCUUUAUCUGAUAAACCCAUCAAGCCCAAUUUUUCCUCGCUAGCUGACUCCGCUUCUGAGCUGGAGUUGAGCAAAGAAUAUUUAGUUGAACUAGAAGCUCUAAACAAUUUGGGCAGUCUCACAGCUCCUAUGCUUCGUAAAGCUCUCCGGACACUCAGCUACCGAAGCAGCAUCCCUGCCAACCUAAAGAAGUCUGAUCUACUUAAACUUUUAAAACAAGAACUUAAGGAUUAA